AUGUCCAUCACAGAAAUUGGGAGAAGAUUCACCCACAAAACUCAAUUCGAGGCAGAAUUGGAAGAGGCUGCUUCAGACUACCAAAGAAUACAACCAUCGCUGAAUUCCCUCGCUCCAAGUAUAUCAGUGCCUCCUAUAUCACAGCCAACAGCCUUCCUGAGAGCACACACCGACCAUGACUCGAAUCCAGAUUGUAAGAUCAAGAUGGCCCACGGAACCACCACGCUGGCGUUCCGGUUCCAAGGAGGAAUCAUCGUGGCAGUCGAUUCUAGGGCCACUGCCGGUAACUGGAUCGCAUCUCAAACCGUGAAGAAAGUCAUUGAAAUCAACCCAAUGUUAUUGGGAACUAUGGCCGGUACAGCUUGCGACUGUCAGUAUUGGGAGACGUGGCUGGGAACUCAAUGUAGACUGCAUGAGCUCAGAAACAAAGAACGAAUUUCUGUUUGUGCUGCGUCAAAAAUAUUGUGCAAUCUUGUUUACAGCUACAAAGGCAUGGGUCUCGGAAUGGGUACCAUGAUUUGCGGAUACACCCCAAAAGAGGGACCUACUAUCUACUAUGUUGAUUCCGAUGGAACGAGGUUGAAGGGCGAUUUGUUCUGUGUGGGUUCCGGUCAAACAUUUGCCUAUGGUGUGCUUGACACCAAUUACAAGUGGGAUUUGUCCGUCGAAGACGCUCUUUACUUGGGGAAAAGAGCCAUUCUUGCUGCCGCUCACAGAGAUGCAUACUCGGGUGGAUCUAUUAAUCUAUACCACGUCACCGAAAAUGGAUGGGUGUUCCAUGGCAAUCACGACGUUGGCCCUCUCUUCUGGGAAAUUAAAGAGAAGGAGAAAUCCUUCAACAAUGUUGAGGCCUAAUUCAUUGUAUGUUGAAUUACGAAUACAACGCAUAUUCGCAUAUACAAGUAUAUGAAUGUACUAUUCAAUUUUAGAGGAUUUGGGGUCCGGUUCUUGGUUCUUGGUCGAGUCCGAUGAGUCUAGCGGUCUUUUCCUUGAGUUCAGCUCUACCUCCCCCGAGUGCUGAGCAAGAAACUUGUCCAAAUCCAAUUCCUUCGAAGUGUCUUUAUCGUGAUCCAUACUAUCAAGCAUUAGUUUCAUAUCCAAAUCUUCCAUGUCAGACUUAGGUUUUGCAACCGGUGCAACAGGAGGAGUUGGCUGCGAAAACUUCUGAAACUGUAGUUGUAUGCUUUCGUUGUCAAAUUGCGAUUGCUUUUGUUGGACCGGUUUAUUAAUUGAUCUCGAGCUGGAAGGUGCAACGGAUAGUGGCUUCCCAUAAUAUUGAGGUUUUCUAAUCGAAGGGAUUGGAGAAGAGGAGGAGGGGCCUGCUGAAGUGCUUGCUAUUCCCGCCUGAGCUGAAGAAAUGGACUUGAUCGAUCCCGAGGUGGCUAACGGUUUGGGGACGGGAGGAGAAGGCCUUGCAAAUUGUUGGAUGUUGGACCGCGCAGGAACAGGUUCAACAGGCUUGGAGACGGGCGGAGCUGGCGAGUUAUCGGGAGGCGGAAGUCCUUUUUUCUUGGUUACCUGAAUGGUAGCAGCGUUCAAAGCGGCGGAGAGAAUCUUAGUGAUAUGUGCAGGGUUCUUGUCGAUUAGUGUGACCAACGGGAAACCCUGGAUUCCAGCAUUUUUUGCGGCUUGGUUCACCUGUGCAAUGGUCAUCGCAAGGGCCUGGGUAAGAAUUUGAGUGGUUGUUUCUUUAUCGUACAUUUUGCGGUCCUUGGUGAGUCUGAUAAGUUCCUGCUGUAAAUACGAAAGCGCUUUCUUUGUAUCUCCAGACAAUUUGGAGUUCGAAGACUCAGAAUUGUUCGAUUCAGGAGCAGGGGAAGUCGAUGAUGAGUACGACUCGGGGCGAGCUGGUUGUUGUUGGAACUGCUGUGACAGGGUUUGUAAGUGCUGUGUGGCCUUGAUGUUGGCGAGCUCUAUUUGUUUUCGUUUCAGACGUUCUUUUUCAGCGAAAUACUCUUCAUCGAGACCCCAUAGCCAACCUUUUCCUUCCUUGCACACCUUGCGAAAAGACUUGUUCAAAGACAGAUUGUGUCUAACCGAACUUUGCCAACCAUCUGGACAGUAAUAAUAGUAAGGGUACAAUUCUUGAAUUCCUUUGUAGAUUUCCGAAAGAGACAUGCCCCGUUCUGUUCCUUUCUGUCGCAAACAUUCGGCAAUAAGCGUUGAGUAGGAAAAGUUGGGCUUUGUCCGGUACUCUUCAGGAAUCUCCUCGGGCUUGUAGACUUUCUUGACUGCUUUAAAUGGUUUUUUCAACUUAUCCUUUGCCGACUGAAGAGACUGUUGUGCGCGUCCGGCCGCAGAUAAAGCAUUCAUACUAUCCAUCGAGGAAACCUGGCUUCCAUUUCGCGCAGCAGCAGCAGCGGCCGCUUCCUCACGUUUGACCACAGAAGCCUCCGCGUUCGCUCUCAAUUCAUUGACAAAAUCAUCACCCAAUUUGAGGACUGUCGAGGACUUGUUAUCGUUCACUUUCGGAUGUUGCGGAGUCGACGAGCCUUCUCGCGAGCUUCCACUGCUAGUAGCAUGGUUAUUAGAGAAUGAAGUUUUCAAGCUGACUGCAUCUGAAGGAUUUAUAGGUUUGAUUUGUUUUCCAUUUUUGGAAUCAGUAACAGUCUCAUCCGUUGGAAGGAUAAACAUGAACCUCGUCUCUCCUAUUUGUAUUCUAGUCUUAUC